CCCCGUGACCAAUAGGACAUGGUCAAUGGAUACAGCAAAAACCGGGAGCUCACAAUAAAUUAAAUGUUAUACCUAUUAGAUUUUUUUUAUUUUUAUUAACGUCUACAAAUACCCCUUACAAUAAUACAAAAAUAGAGAACAAACAGUGUGAGAGAAAAUACGCUACAUUGAUGUGCGCAUGUCCAGUCUAGCCUUUUAAGGCGUGCGAGCACAUGCACGAGCGAGCGGCUGUAGUGUAUUAUUUUAGUAACUGUUACACACUGUGAAAAUAGUGUUUACAAUGUAAUACAGCUAUGGCUGACUGUACCGUUUUCACCUACACUAACGAGGACUUUAUAAGCGAUGUUUGUUGCGGACAGCAGAGCAUGUCGAGGUUUGACGUGGCGCUGCGGUGCGGAUGGACAGAGAAGAGAAACGCCGGUCUGUUCCGGUAUCAUCUUGACGAGCUGGAGACCCGGACCCUCCCCGGUCCGAGUGCCUACAUCGCUCAGCUGAACAUCAUGAGGGGCAUCGAGAGACGAAAACCUCAGGAGAUCCUGAGCGUCCGGCAGAACUUUGACCCCCGCCAGUUCAAUUUCAACAAGAUCAACCCCAAAGAGCUGCUGUUCGAGCUACAGAAAGAGUGUGAAAGCCCGUGUGACGCUGGAUGCCAUCAAAAUAGUUCAAAAAGGAAGUGCAAAGUCAUUAUAAACGUAAGUCCGUUGGAAUUCGGUCACUGUCUGCUCGUGCCAGAACCGGACAGGUGUCUCCCACAGAUCCUGACCCCUCUGGCGGUCCAGAUGGGGAUAGAAGCGGUCCUCCUGAGCGCUGAUCCGGGAUUCAGAGUUGGUUUCAACAGCCUAGGUGGUUUUGCUUCAGUCAACCAUCUUCAUCUUCACUGCUACUACCUAAAUCACCAGCUGAGGGUGGAAACCUCCCCGGCUGAACCGAUCCUGCCGAAGAAAAACUUGUAUGGCCUUCUGGACUUCCCAGGAGGUUUUCUGUUCUAUACACAGGGCCCAGACCUGGAUUUGACAGUCAAUGCAGUUUGUAGUCUCACUGAUAUUAUGGUUGAUAGGAACAUCGCACACAACCUCUUCAUCACCCGAGGUUGCCCCCCACGGAGGGAGCGUGACCCGUCUGUGUCCCGGAAUGGGGUGAGGGUUAUCGUAUGGCCUCGGCUGUCCUGUUUUGGGGCCAAAGAAGAGGCGGCCUUCAACGUUGCCCUGUGUGAGCUCGCCGGACAUCUUCCUUUCAAAAACAGAGAAGACUAUGAGACAGUCACUGAAGAAGGAGUACAAGAAAUCGUCCGGAAAUAUCUGCUGCCCCAAGAAGAGUUCAGGGCAUUGCAAAAGCAUGUCAUGAAAUGUUUAUAAAUGACACUUUUGGGCACAGAUCAAAAUAUCCUGUCUGAAAACAAGGGUUUCAGAAUACCUAAUGAAUGUUGAUGUGUUAGAAAUGAAGUGCUGCUUAGAUCAACCAUUCAUACUGUAUUACAUACAGUGUAUCAUGUAAAUAAAAUGUUAUAACCGUUUUUAUUUCAUGUGUGUGGUGCAGAAUAUUUUAUUCAUUUGUAUAUUAUUAUAGGUAAAAGCUGUUAGCCUGAAUGCACUUGUGAGUCGCUUUGGAUAAAAGUGUCUGCUAAAUGCAUCAAUUUAAUUUAUUUUAUUUAUGUGCCAUGUGGUGUAAAAAUAACAUUAACGUCAAAUUAACAAUAACAAAAAAUAGAAUUGAAUUACUUCAAACUGUUGUGCUGUCAUACCACCUUCUCACUUUUCCUGUUUAAUUCACUGACAUUUGGUUUUAUGGCAAUAAAACGAUUUAUUUAUUUAUGUUUGCUUUUUAGUCCAUUAUUGUGUAAACAAUGUAUUGAGAUUUGACAGUCAGAUACAAAUAAAGAGUCUAAAAGAAUG